UUGAUAUGUUUUUGAGGCUCAAUGCACGCAUUUAAUGCUUAGUAUUGCUCCAAUAAAAUGAAGGUCAAUAAAUGCUGUGUUUGCUUUAUGUAGGUGGUGUGAGUACAAAUUAACUCUGCCGGAUUUGUCAGUCAAAUAAGUCUCAAAUGCCAGCUCAUAAAGUUGUUCAUUCACAUUAGAAAGUACCGUCAACAAUAAAUUUCUUCGGCGCUUUACAAUGCUUUAUUCGUUGGUUAAAGAAGAAUGAGUGUUUGAUCAAAGAUAAUUGUCCAAUCACACAUUUAUUACUCGGAACAUGCUAUGUGCAGGAACUAUUACAUGUUUGUCUUUACUGGAUGUAUUCAACAAAUGAAGGAAAACCCGUAUGACUCUACUAUAAAUCUGGAUUGGGUUACAAGUGCAAUCGACAAAGUUGGAUUUCUUCAUGGGCUCUGCAGGUGAGAGUUGUGAUUGUUUUUGAAGCACUAGCCGAUUCUAUGGGAGUACAAAGGCUCGAUAUUUUUCGAAUGAGGAUUCAUUGUCAAACAUAAAGAGCAACUAGGUGUGCACGAUCAACAUUCAAUAGCAAAGGCUAAUGUCCCAGGGAAUACUUCAUGUCAGAUACUACAACUUCAAGGAGUGGAGCAACUGAAAUCCAAGAGCUUGAGUCAUAUUAUGAGGCAAGAGUUGUUAGCAAUUGGAAGAUUGAGCAGUUGGUGAUUAGGCAGAUUGGUAAAACUCAAUUCCAGCAUGAACAAAGCCACCCGAGUGCUAAUGAUACGCUGAAGAUAGGGGAUCUAUUGAGGCUUUUGCUAGAAGAAGGAAGGAGGAAGAUUCAAGUAUGGAAGAUCUUAAUCCAGCAACCAGUCAAGUACUGGGAGGGGAGAGGUGCAAGAAUAAAGUGGAAGAUCAUGGUUGUUCCCUAUCACCCACCUUGAGGACAAGGUGGAUGUUUAGGGGAGAGUAUUGAUAGGAAUCGGGCCUAUUAGGCUAUUAAUAUAAAUAAUAGUAAUAAUAAAUGUACAUGUAGAUAAUAAUAAAUGUACAUGUAGAUAAUAAUAAAUGUACAUGUAGUAUAAAUAGAAGGGGAAGGGAGGAAAAAGAAGUAGACAAGUAUUCAAUUGAGUUUAGGUUAGGAGAUUGGGCAUCUCGAAUGGUCCAUAGGCCUUGUAUCCUUUCUUUGUUCUGUUCAUCUUUGUGAAUAAAGUGUUUCGAUCUGUUAUUGU